CAGCGUACAUUGUGUUGAGGAAGGGGCGGUGUGUUUUCCCUCUGGUCAUGUUUGGGCUUAGCAGAAAACAUUUUACACCAUGGACCUGUCAGAGACCAUCAGAAAACGUUUAGAAGACUUCUCUCGGAAUGUGUUGUUCGACCAGAGUCGGUCUCGGCCUGUCGCCAGAGAGAAUGACACGUUUCUGCCACACGGCAAGAAGGUUCUGUCUAGUCUCCACCUCCAGAUGUCUCUGUACUUUAACAUGUGGUUCUUCCCCCUGUGGUGGAUCAGUGAAACUGUAAUGCUGCAACUCAAGUAUCCUGCCUUGCCAGACUACUACAAGUUCAUCCUCGUCACAGUUCUCAUCGUGAUGACUCUGAUCGAGGCCAUUAGACUCUUUCUCGGCUAUGCUGGGAACCUACAAGAAAAGGUCCCGGAGCUGGCUGGUUUUUGGCUGCUGAGCAUCCUGCUGCAGUUCCCACUAAUCCUCUUUCAGCUCUUCAAUGAAGCCAUUCUCAUUCAACCCUUGGAGAGGGGGGUUCACAUAGUUCUCGCCAUAUUCAUACUCACACAGGCCCUCUUUGGGUUUGUGGCGCUGCGGGACCUGGUCAGACACACAGAGAGGCAGUUUCAUCUCCGGCAGUUUGACUGAAUUAUGAAGCUGCGUGUCUACCACACAUCUGUAUGGACAUCUGUAUCUCCCAGACUCAGACAACAAAAAAUAAUGUGCCUUUUUUGGUAUUACAUGUCGUACAUGGUAACAUUUCUCACCUCAAUUGAGUAUCAAAGAGAACGUGAACGUAUUUAUUUUUAUAUUGUACCCACAUUAAUUGUAAUGUUUUUUUUUUUGUAGCUUUGCAAUAAAUGAAUCGUUUAAAACACA